AUGCCGCCGAAGCUUCGAAUUCGUCCCUACAAGGACUUUCUCACACCUGCAAUGCAUAGGAGAUUUGCUACCGGAUCUGCGACUCUUUUUCUACUGUGUUAUUUGGAGGCGAUUUGGAUCGGAGAAUGGAAUUCUUUUUUCUGGACAUGGUUCCCAUUUGGUAGAGCUGCCAUUCGCACCGGGCUACUCUUCUUAUCAUCCUUUAUUAUUUUUGUCCUUCGCGUGGCCCAGCUCCACGUAGGAAAGAGGACCUCGGUUUCUGGAUGGGAUACAUUUCGAAAACACGCGCUAGGAUUCGACGUAGUUCGAACUGUGGGAUAUUAUGUUCUUUCGGCAUACUUAUUCAGUGAAAUAUACGUAUGGUCUGCUUCAAAAGAGGCAGAUCUUAAUCGUAUAAAGCUCAUUCCAAGAACCGACCGCCCGAUGCUGAAUGAGCGGCCAAUAUACCUGACGAGCUUUUUCUUUUUCCUGGCAUUGUUCCAGUCGGCUUGUCACCUAUUUUACGAUUAUGAUCGGCUGGACAUGCCAGUCACGAAGACAAAACCAUUGGGAUCCCCGAAUCAGUUGUCGCAUAUCAUUGUCCCUCCAUCAACGCAAAUGAAGUCGGAAUUUCCGGCUCUCAUGGCGAAGUGCCUAAAACGAUCUCUCAUUGUGUCACUCGCGUCACCAUUUAUCUACUCAAUAACUUGGUUCUAUCCAUGGUCCAUUCGAAAGUUCUCGUGGAGCUUCACACGAGCUUGGGCUAAAAUAUUCUGGAACUUGCCCAAAUCAGGCUCGCUGCCUAGCAUUGCUCCCUACCACUGGACUGUCAUCUUAAAAUCCAUCAGUUCGGGGUUUUUGUUAUUGAUGCUAUGGGAGGUUGGAAACGCGGCUUUUUCCACGCAUGUUGCUCAAGAGCCUCUCAAAAAUGAACGGCCCAUUACGUAUGAGUCUCGAGACCCUAACGGAAGUCUGCUGACUGGUCUGACGGGCAAGAGGUUGCAAACAAGGGCGUUUGCUUUCUGGGAACUCGUAUACAUUGCGCAACGGUUUGAAGGUCGGCGAAGGAAUAUCUUUGAAGACAUUGACAGAGCUGGGGGUUCCACAUGGUCCCAACUCCUUGCUAUUUGCCUCGACGUCGUCAAUGGAAUGGAGGCGAGGAUUACCAGUUUUCAAAACCCUCAAUUGCCCGUUUCCCAAGCUACAGCGAAGAGCCUCGGCAAUCGGGAUCCUGCACUACCACCAUCCCCAGAACUUCUGCCACGUAUCGCUCAACCAGUAGGAGAUGGAAUCAAUGCGUCGGGGGAUAUCUUCACCAACCCUCCCCCAGAGAAAGGGAAAAGUCGGCGCGCUGCCGUAGCCAUGGGACGUUUCGUAAAAGGACAUGGCCAGUCACCCCCCGAGAGCAUCAGUUCAAGGUCCAAGUCUUUGUUGUCAAAGGCGGAAGAGACAGUUCUCAACCAGCAGCAGCAGCAGUCGCUCUCACAGCAAGGCAUUACAGGGUUGUUUAGAAAACAGUUUAUACAAAUCCUAGAAAGUCCCCUUGGAUGGCCUUUCAGGCAAGAGUACAGAAGAAGGCUCAACUUAACAGUCCUCGGGGCCCCAUACGGCGAUGUAGGGAUAAUAGUAGAUGCUAUUGAUUCCUUGACAAGAUUUGCUGUGGGAAGUCUGACAGAGGAUAAGUUUGGGAACGUCCAGAAGGACGUUAAAACCAUUAUGCUUUCCUUUACGUCAGUCAUUGUUAAGCUGGAAAGCUUUCGGAGGGACAUUGGAAUACAUUGGACAGAUGUCCAACGUAAACAAGAAUGCCCAGAAGUUGACACCAUCCUGGCGGCUUUACGAGGUGCCUUGAAUGCGCUAAUCGACGCAUUUGAGGAAUAUGCUACAGAUCUGAAAAUAAGUAGAACCGAAAUGAGGAUGGCCAAGGAGGCUGCUGCUGCUCCUAAUGCUCCAGAGAUGAUGGGCGUGAAUAGAACAGCCUAG